UCCAAGAUGGCGGCGUACAGAGAACUUCAAAACCCRUGGUUUUUGUGCUUCCUUGGUCGUUGAAGUAAAAUCAUUGGGUUGAAAUAACAAUGAAGCGGUCUCAACCUGAGCCUUCGACUUCAGCUCCGGCUAAAAAGCAAGCUACGACCAARAUAUUUCAGACUGUCAGCAUAGGCCCWGUYUCGACAGAGGAGGAAAUGAAUACAAAGGUUCUCCUUUUCCAAAACAAAAAGCUGGCAGAGAGACUUGAAAUCUUGAAGUUAGAYGAAGAGAGACUAAAAGAAAGAUUUGAUAAUGUGAAACAAAAGAGAGAUUCUGAYUUUGAGAUCCUCUCAGUAAUCAAUAGACACUGGACUCAGCUUGAUGAAGAUGURACCAUCAUGCACCAGAGUUAUGUYGAUGGAAUUGUUGAAGAAGAGUUUGGAGACCAAAGUGAUACCGCUAUGUCAUAUUUAGAACAUCUUUCUCAACUUGGUCCAGAGCAAAUGAAAGAAGAAGUUAGGAAAAGAGCUGCUAAUUCUAAACAAUGUAUUCGUAAACUGUUAUCCYUAAUGGAAAAGGCCAGRUGUUUUCCACCAAGACCAGUUCGWACUGUAGUCAGUAAGUCUAURCAAACUGUUGUUGAGCAAGAACCAUCAACAAGCGAGAUGGAGGUUGAUGAAAUCAAGGAUGGUGUGACAGAUGAAACUAAAGUGCCUGAAGAAGAAACAUGUAAUACUACUYCUGAACCUGUAAGCAAACCAGAKCCUGUACUUGAACCAAUGGYAGUAGACAGAGAUACAGAAUUAGAAGAAUUGAAAGCAGAAAAUAGACGAUUAAGAGAACUUAUGACAUCACUACAACAAAAACAACAAACUACAUCAUUAGAGUUUUCAGAAAUAAGGGACAAAUAUGCUCUAACUCAGAGAGAGAUUUCUGAGCUGAAUACUCARCUUCAAGAUUCAGAGUAUGAUUUACAGAAAGCAAAUCACAGGGUUGAAAACCUAGUUAAACGAUUACAUGAACUUGAGGAGAUGAAAAAGAAGAUCAGAGAGGGUGAGAUUCCUUCAAAACAAGAAACCAGUUCUGAAGGCCAGGAAGACGAUGAUGAAGAAAAGCAUUCUGAAAUCAUGGAAGUGAAAGAGUURGCUAAUAAUCGUUUAGAGGAACUUCAGAAACUCAAAGAGGAAUGCGUUGCUGCUCAACAAGAAGUKGAAAAAUUAAAGCUAGAGGCAAUUCAGAUUCCAGAGUCAACRAUUGUCCAGUCUUCACCGUACAAGUGCUUACAGUCUCAGUUCUCAGUAUUGUUCAACGAAGUUACAACAAAUAGACAACAAUUAGAUGAUGCAAGGAGGUCAUUGAGUGCUGCAAAGACACAACAUAUAGUUCAGUUGGAGCAAAUUGAGUCUGAAAUGACAACAACUCACAAAAAGUACAAAAGCGAAGUAAAUGAGCUCCAUGAUUCUUUGCUGCAUUGUAAGCGGGAAUAYGACUUGCUCAGAAUCGACUAUGAACAGCUCACCAAGUCCAAUGAACAAUCUGCACCAAUGAUUAAAGAAGUCAGUUAUAUGAACAACAGUUUGCAGAGCUACAACAAGCAGYUGAAGGGUGAAAUUAUGCGUUAUAAAAGAAAAUUAAGCGAAGCUCAAGCACAAACUCAAAAGCUUGAAGCUGAGCUKGCAAAAAUAAGAGAGAAUGAAAAGAAAGAGAUGCAAGAAAAGAAGGAGCAAGASGCUCAAAAACCCCAAGAAGAAAUGGAAGUCCAACAAGAAGAAGAGACCAAAACAACUCCAAAAGAAGCUGAGGGUGGCGAGGAAGGCGAGCUGGAAGAUGGAGAAGAGGAAGAAGARCCCAGUACAUCAAAUGACUCUGAACGACUAAAACAGCUCCAAGCAAGCCUCAAAAAAUCUCAAGAAAGUCAAAAAGAAAUGAAAUUGCUAUUGGACGUCUAUAAAGGUGCUGCCAAGGACUUGAGGGACAAAGUGGAGCUCCUAGCAAGCGAAAAGACACUAAAAGCAGAAAUCGAAGAACUUCAAAAAAGAGUUCAAGAKCUCGAGCAAGAACUAGAGAAAUACAAAGGUGCCAUGGCUGAUGAAGAGGCAAUAAGACGACUUAAAAUGGCGGAGGAAACUAUUGUGCAACUGCAAAAAAAUUUAGCUGCAACUAAACAAGAGGAAGAUGCUCUACUGGCUGAAAUGGAGUUCACUGGACAAGAAUAUGUGGAAAUGCAGGAGCAAAAUAUGAGAUUGUUACAACAACUUCGAGAGAAAGACGACGCGAACUUAAAGUUAAUGUCCGAGCGAAUCAAAAGUAAUCAAAUUCAAAAACAAAUACGCGAAGAAAAAGACGUACUUGCAGAGCAAGUAACAACGCUGAACACCUACCGUGAAACACAGACCCAACUUAUUAAAAAGCAAGAAGAAAGGGAAAGAGCUUUACAGAGUGCCUUGGGAUCAAUGGAAAAAGAACUGAGUCUACGACAGCAGGCUAUGGAGAUGCAUAAACGAAAGGCUCUAGAAAGUGUUCAAUUGGUACAGGAUCUGAAGAUUCGUCUAGAAGCCUUUCAACAACAACAGCAGGAGGUCCAGCAAAGUAUGGCUGACAAGACACGAAAUCUAGAAGAAGAGGCUUUUAGGGCCAAGAGAGUACAGGAGGAAUGUAAUAGUUUAAAACGAAAGCUCGAAAAACAGAAGAAAAUCGAUCUUUAUGGAGCAGCAGAUGAAAUUUUACUUGAAGAAGUUCGACAAUACAAGGCUCGUUUGACCUGCCCUUGCUGCAACACUCGUAAGAAGGACGCCAUUUUAACCAAAUGCUAUCACGUGUUCUGCUUCGAAUGUCUCAAGACCCGUUACGAUACUAGACAACGAAAAUGCCCAAAGUGUAACGCAACMUUUGGAAAUAAUGAUUUUCAUAAAAUCUACUUGUAAAACGUAAUCUACAGUCAUGGCAACUAGCAGUCAUAUAUUMUGUACUAUUCCUAUAAAAUGUAUGUAGUUUUUAGGCUAAAAUAAUUUUUAGUUAUUAAAGAAAAAUAAACUGCAAACUCCUAUUUACCUUCA